UAGUAAUGAGACGACUUUUCUUUGCUCUUAAAGCGAUACUCGCCACAGUCGUAGGCAUCGGCCUUGCCAAUCUUAUUGCACGAAGGCCUCGGUUGUCCGACAGCAGUUUUUUCAAAGGAAUUGCUCUCAGCCAUGAUCUAGCCCUUCAGAUAGAUUUCGGGGAACCAGUAUGGAUGCGAAUAGACCAAACAGCACACUACCGCGCCGAUACGGAUGAGGGCGGAGAAGAGUUUGCGAAACUCGUUCCACGGGGAGGACAUACCGUUCCCAUCAAAGAUGCGGAGACGGGUGAAAGUCGCAUUUCAACACGGUGGCGCUCUUUCACCAGCUCAAGUGCCUGGGCAUUAUCCGUGACAACUACGCAGAAAUGCGCCCCCCGUCGUCAGUCACUCGUCACUGCAUGA